AUGUCAGAGAUUCCUAUUCAUUUUCGACACUGCAUUUUGUAUGAGUUCCAAUUAGGGAACAAUGCAAGUGCUGCUGCCCGCAAUAUAUGUGCUUCACUUGGUGAAGGUGCUGUUGCUGAUCGAACGUGUCGAGAUUGGUUUAAAACAUUUCGUGAAGGUGACAUGUCAUUAGAAGAUCGUCCGAGAUCUGGACGUCCUCUCGAGUCUGAUAUUGAACGAUUAAAUGUCCUGAUCGAAGACAAUCCACGAUUAACUACCCAUGAAUUGUCAGCAAUGCUCGGGUGCGACCAAUCCACCAUUGAUCGCCAUUUGCAUAAAAUGGAAAAAGUUAAUAAACUUGGAACAUGGGUUCCACAUCAAUUAACCUCGGACAACUUACAGCAAAGAAUCACCAUAUGCAAUUCUUUGUUGUCAAAACGCAACCGACAUAGAUUUCUUCAGCAGAUAGUUACUGAUGAUGAAAAGUGGGUUCUAUAUGUCAACCAUACGCGCAAGCGCCAGUGGGUAAAUCCUGAAGAUUUGCCCGAACCAGGACCAAAAAACGACCUGCACCCGAAAAAGAUGAUGCUCUCAAUUAAGUGAGAUUUUCAAGGUAUUAUUUACUGGGAACUCCUUCCGCCUAACACUACCGUCGACUCGAAGCUGUACUGCAAACAACUCCAAAAUCUGAAGGUUGCAUUGCAAGCAAAUAGUCUUGAAAAACGAAAAGUUCGACUAAACCCCUCCCCAUAAUAGAAGCCCCCGGGGGCUUCUAAACUGUUUAUCAUCCAAAAUUUUCGGAGGGGGCUUCUAUUAAGGCCUAAAAUUUUUCAAUAAUUUUAGCUGAAAAAAAAUUUCAAAGGACUUCAGGGAUUUCUAGGGUUUUUAAGAAUUGUUCAAACGAAUUUCCAGGAGAUUUUAAAAUUUUGAUGCUGGUAUAUAAGAAAAUCAAGCAAAUUCUUACCUUAAAACCUUGAAUUUUGAAAGUUUUACAAUGAAAAUACCAAUAAAAAUUUCGAAAAACUUUUUAAUAUCAGGAGGGCUUCUAAUACAUUUUUCAUAUCGAUCCUUCCGGACGGGGCUUCUAAUACGGGGAGGCUUCUAAUAUAGAAGGGGCUUCUAUUAUGGGGAGGGGUUUACUUCAUGGCAAUACAAAACCUCAUACGGCUAAGGUCACUCGCCACAAGCUGGAAGAAUUAGGCUGGGAGGUUCUACCUCAUUCACCAUAUUCACCAGAUUUGGCACCAUCUGACUAUCAUUUGUUUCGAUCGCUCCGCAAUCAUCUGGUCAAAAAACAUUUCAAUGAUCAAGCCCACCUAAAAUCGGACCUCGAAACUUAUUUUUUGUCUUUGUCUGUGAAGUUCUUUGAAGAUGAUAUUCUGGAUUUGCCUAAAAGAUGGGAGUAUGUAAUAGAUAACAACGGUGUAUAUGUUGUUGAUUGAUGACAUUUUGUUUCAAUAAAAUCUCGAAAUCGAGAAGAAGAAAAAAAUCGACGGAGACUUUUGCAUCAACCCAAUAGUAUUAGGUAUGACGAAUAUAACGGACACGACAUUAUAUUCAUGUCUUCUUCUGUCAAAUAGUAAAUAACAUCGGAUGAGUAUGCAGUUAACGAUGAUCAUCAAGUAAUUUUGUACAUUUUGAACCUGACGUCUCUAUUUGUUUCUA